GUUCGAAAAGCAGCCGAACGAAGUUGUGAAGAGAAUGCAUUUUUGGAUUCUCAACUGCAAACUGAAAGCCAACGACGAAUUAAUCGUCGUUCCGAGAGUCCAUUCGAGGGACUUUCAGCCAAAAGUCCAUCAAUGCAACGACCAAGUUUUCAUGCGACAAAACCCAGAACCACUGGUGUUUAUGAUGAAACGGUUUCAGCACUUUCAGGCCCUUAUGCGGCACCUGCGGUUCAAAGUUCACAAGGUAUUGAACUAAAAUACGGCAAAAAGGCAGACGAUAUUGAGGCGCGCCUAUUAAAAUCGUCCAUUUUGCCUGCAUCAAUGAAAACCGUAACGCUGAAAGAGUUUCGCAAAGGACCAGCUCCAGCUGUUGGAAGUGCUUCUGAAGCGUUUGCUGACGAAACUGACUAUCAGGCCUUUAUGCCACGACCCUACUAUAGUCGUCCGAAUCGCGAUGAUCCAGAUUAUUUUGAUUUCGAUCUGCAGCAUUCAGUUGACAUGUUUAAACGACCUGAGGGAAAAUAUGUACCACGAGGGCCUCAACGAUGGGAAGAAGAAGUUCUUGGUGAUGCAAAAACGAAAGGUGCUGCUCCGGUUUCUGGUUACAUGUUCACAAAGGGUGAUACCGAUUGGCGUACCAGUGGAACAUCGUAUUUGAGUGCUGCUCUGAGAACACCGUCCUACUGGGAACAGCGGUUUAGUUCAAUUGGUCGUGAGGUGCGUGAAAGUAAUCCAAUUUCAUUGGAUAGUCUUGCAAGGUUAGUGAUAUUCCUGCAGUUUAUAAUUAUUAAGAUAUUACUCAGUGAUGCAUUCAGUAUCCACCUUGAAUGUGAUCGUUUUUAG